UUUAUGAAUGACUCUAACUUCUCUAUGUAGCUUGCUAACUAGCAGCAACUGCAUCUCAGUGGAGUUGGUUUACUUGCGGCUGCAGCUGCCACCAAGUCAGUCCAAAUGGAUUACACUGCAACUCAAAGUGGGUUCAGACAGCGUAAGUUACAGCCAAAUAUGCGUCUCAGGAAUAGCUCGGUGGAUGGUUCAGAGGGCAGCCAGCUGUUUGAGGAUACGAGUGGUGCAGGGUACAGGAACCAGCAGGCCGGGCCUCAAGCAGCAGGGUUUCCUGGCGAGUCCAUCCUGUCUGACCCCAUGUCUAACCUGGCCAUGGCAUAUGGUAGCUCACUGGCGUCUCAGGGAAGGGAAAUGGUGGACAAAAAUCUGGACAGGUUCAUUCCGAUUUCUAAGCUGAAAUAUUACUUUGCUGUGGACACCGUGUACGUGGGGAAAAAACUGGGCCUUCUUGUUUUCCCUUACAUGCAUGAGAACUGGGAGGUGAGUUACCAGCAGGACACUCCAGUGGCUCCACGCUUCGACGUGAACGCUCCUGAUCUCUACAUUCCCGCCAUGGGCUUCAUCACAUACGUCCUGGUGGCUGGACUGGCCCUCGGCACACAGAACAGGUUUUCUCCAGAGCUGCUGGGAGUUCAGGCCAGCUCAGCGCUGGUGUGGCUGAUCAUGGAAGUCCUGGCGGUCCUGCUGUCACUCUACCUUGUGACCGUGAACACCGACCUCACAACCAUCGACCUGCUGGCCUUUUCUGGCUACAAAUACGUCGGGAUGAUUGUAGGUGUAGUAGCAGGCUUGUUGUUUGGAAGGCCAGCGUACUAUCUCUCUCUACUGUGGUGCUGUGCUGCCAUCUUUGUCUUUAUGAUCCGCACCUUGCGUCUGAAGCUGUUAUCUGAGGCGGCGGCGGAGGGGAGGCUGGUGAGAGGAGCCAGAAACCAGUUAAGGAUGUACCUCACCAUGUCCAUAGCAGCUGCACAACCCAUCUUCAUGUACUGGCUCACCUACCACCUUAUCAGAUAAAACACACACGCUCAUUCUUCAGAAGAUGAACUUGACUGCCUGAAUGCCAUCUCACCCCCUUAAAAACAUUUAAGAAAAGCCACAGUUGUCUGGAUGAUAUCCCAUCACUUCCUGACAAAGACAGAGGUAAACACAAGACUCACUCCAUGUAUGCUUGGAGCAAAACAUGCGACAAGACGAUUAGGAGAGAAUUUGAGGCAUUACAGCUUUUUCUCUCACAGCACAGCCCUGUGUCAUUAGUGUUGCCUUUAUUGUGUCUUUUUUUAUGUAAUUUCUUUAAAAAAUGUAGCAAGUGGCUUUAAGUUGUUUUUCUAUACUGUAAUUAUUUGUCAGUUAUUUUUUUAGGACUAUUUAAGUAUGUAUGUUUCUGUAAAGCAAAAGUAUUAUUUCUCUGGUCUGAUAUCAUGAUUUUCUGAGCCGCUGAAGAUAAAGCACACUAACCUCAUACAACCGUCCAUUUAACGACGACAAAGAACUCAAAUCCAGGUUUAAAAGUGAUCAACAGGCUCUGUUUCAAUGUUUGACUAAUUUCCCAACUUAGAGAAUACCCGUCCUGUCAUUACUGGAUCCGGAAACAAGGGUUUUCUAACUGGUGUAUAAAGUGUGGGUGUAGUACCACUUCCAUUUUAUCUGUUAAAUCUUUUUGUAUGUGCUUUGAUACAUGUUUGAGCUUUGCUGCCUGACAACUCUUGAAUAGAAAUUUCAACGGUGUGGAAGCCACAGGGUGUAGAUGUCUCGAUGAAAUGUUAAAUUGACUUUGAUAUGCUUUUAAAAACAAAGUAAGUCUUUUAAUGCUUUUCACAUUGAAAGUCAAAAGGAAUAAAGUAAGGGAAGAGAUGGGAUGGUCUGUUCUGUGAAAAUUGUGUCUCUUUGAGAUACUUGAAAUAUUUUAAUGUCAGAGAUAGUUUGUUUUGCGUUAAUGUGCUUGUAAAUUCUUUAUCAUCACCGUGUCUCCACUUUUGUCACGAAUGUUAACUCAAACCAGGGAAGGAUUCACAUUCGCUUUAAUUCGGGAGAAAAAUUCAAAAUUCAGGAGUUUUGCAUUUUCCUCAUAUCAAAACUAAAGAUAAUUUAUGAACAAUAAAAGGCUUCCAUCACUUAACUGAGGUCAUUGAAACCUUUUUCCAAAUACUUUGACAAAUUAUUUAAACUGAGUUUAUGAAAUUGAAGCAUCUCAUUACUAAUGACUCAUUCUAUAUACAUGUAGCAGGUAAUUUUUUUCAGGAUUAAUCAUUAAUGGAUGCCAUCUCUGACUGUCAAAGAAAGCUGAAAGCAUACAAUCAAAUCAAGCCAUUGAACUGAUAUGACGACAGAUGAAUAAAUUCUGAUUGAUGAA